UUUGCACUCCGCUUACAUCAUUUCAAACCUUCAAAUACUGCCUCUUCGACACACUUACACACAACACCAGGGAGCAGCAGUGUCAUCCGGAAGUUUCGUCACGUGAACAAACACACGAACAAAAGUAAGUUUGCCCGGGCUUGUCAUAUUUAAAAUUAUGAUUGGGUUAUGUUUUGUGUAUGUUUGGCUUCCCUGCUUUAUGUUGCGGUCUCAAACUUUCGAACUCGUGUGAGAAAUUUCGUAAUUGCAGUGUAGCAUCGCAACGACAAUUCUUGUUUAACAUAAACAUGAACGAUUUGAUUAGCGAAGAAAUUGUGCAAGAAAUGUUGGAGAAGGUCCCUAAAACAACUUCGCGAUAUGUGUCUUGUAUUCGACUAGACGGCAGUCCUAUUUUACCACCCUUGAUUGAUGACAAAUACAGAGGUGAAUUAACACAUUAUAGGAAUUUGGCAAUUUUAGUUGAGAAGAAGAUCAGUGACCGAAAAAAGCUGAAAGAUAAUCGUCACAGUGUUGAUAGUGGAGUAAUGAUAGGUGUGUCCAAUGGUGAACCUUCAUGGUUAAGGCCAUGUAGUUUGCAGCCAGAUCGUAAAGAACUCAUGACACCGUCUUCAUUUGACAGUGACAAAAAUAAAUCAAGUUGUGGAACACAUUGUGUGCAAAGAUCUAAUUCAUCAGAUGAUACAUGUUCAAAAAACUUCAUUUGUGAUCAUGAUGUGUGGAGAUAUAUAUCCAAUUGUGAUGAGCAUUUCUGUACAGCUUGGUUUGACCAUCAAAAUGAAGAAUUACUGUCAAAUUUUGAUCCUGAACUUAUUGCAAAUUCUGGUAACCAUAACUUUCCUGAAAAAAUUACUUCCAGUUGCAAUAUUAAUGCAGUUCCACAUGAUGAAUUUUAUACCAAAGAAGGAAAUAAUAUUUCCAAUAAAUCAGGAAAUUCUGUUGACACUGCAAGUGAUGAAGUAAAUAGGCUGAGUGUGUAUUAUGCAGAGUAUCAUAAAGGUAUUAAUGAACAGAGCUCUCAUCCUAAAAACACAGACCUUAAUGAAAAACACGAGACGAAUGUCUGUGAAAUGUUUAAUUCUUAUAAUUGUGAAAGAGUAUCUCAAAUUCCUGGAGGUAAUUGUAAUGUUUUUGACUCUCAAAUUAUUACAGAAUCUGAUUAUUUAAAUAGAUGUGUGAGUGAUGAAACAUCAACAAAUUGUGUAGAUGAUGGAUCUGAAAGUGCUCUUAAUGGUGAAUCAGAAAUAUCUGGGUAUGAACAAUAUUUUGUAAACUACAGUGCAAUGUCUGACAGAUUUACUAACUUGAAUUGCUCUUUUAAGAGCAAUGUAUCAAAGGAUCUCUCAUCUAGAGAGAAUGAUUCAUGCAAUACAAAUAAAUCUAGAAGAGAACUGAAAUCUUCAUUGGGAACAUCAUUAAAUAAAGCUGAUGUUGUAAAUCAAGAAAGCUUAAGAGCCGAGGUCAAAAUUAAUUCCACUGACGAGCACUGUCCAUUAUUAAAGCACAUUUCAGGGAACAAGUUAUCUAGUAUCAAAAUCAGUUGUAGUUCAAUUUCAUUACCAGAAUACCCUUCUGGUCUUCCAACACAUGUUCUUGAAAAACAAAAACCUGAAAAACCAUAUAAUCCAAAGUACUAUGGUGGUUGUAAUAGUGUUGACACAGAAAAUAGCAAAGAAACCCUGUGUCCUAAUAUGCCUGAAAACAUACCUAGAAAGUGGUUGUGUGAAAACGUGACAAAUAUUGUAAGUGAUGAUUCAUGUGAAGAACUAAGUAAAAACACUGCAGCAGGAAGUUCACCAUUUCUUGAAACUUCUUUGGCUUGCCAGAAACACAAUUUAGAUGUGCCAUUGUCAGAAAGUGUUUCAAUUUCUGAAGUUGACUUUCAUACUAGUUCUGUUGCAACUAUUGCUCCAGACACAUCUGAAGAAGCUAAUGAGUUACCCAAACAUUCCUCUGUAGAAAAAGAUGAUGAGUUAACACCACCAAAGUUGGUGCGUCAAAAUUCAUAUACUUUGAUAACUCCAAGUCCUGUUUUGCUGGCUCAUGCUAAAGCAAAUGAGAAACAAGAGGAAAAAACCUCUUCUGAAGAUGACAACCAUAAUAACCAUAUUCAAACAAAUAAAAAUGAAGAACAUGACAAAGCAAAGGGAGACUGGAAUUCAAAAAAUGAAGUUAAAAAUGUUUACAUUGCUCCUUCUGAAAAAUCUCAAAUUUUAGCACAAAAUGUUAAAAACUCUGAUGCAGCACAAGCAAAAGGAAAUUGUAGCCAGAGAAUUAAAAAUAUGUCCCUUCCAGGAAGUUGUGUGUCUAGUCCUGUAAAAGUAAGUCUUUUUCAUAGUUCUCUGGACAAUCUUCCAAUUGUAACAGUGAGAAGAUUUCAAGAACUUAUUGACAGUCAAUCCAUUCAGAAUCAACCAUGUGAGUCUUCUAAAACAAAUAUUUUCACUGCGGAAGGAAAUUCAUCAGGAAAAAACACAUUGAAUACUAGAUCAUCUUCUCUGGAUCUUGAAAAGUUUAAUGAACCUGCUGCUGACAGUAGAUUAAAAUGCAGGUCAAAGUCAGACCUACAAGAUUCAAAGUGCAAACAAUCUACUAUUAUAAAUUCUCCCUGUACAGAAGGAAGUGGAAAGUCCAAAAAGGACGUGGAAAUUCUGUUCCGAGAAAUGUCCUUUGACCCUUCUCCAUCAAGUGUAUCACACCAAUUGGAUGUUAAUUAUAUCUCAACUCCAAGAAGUAAUCAAGGCAAUCAAACUAACCUUGAUAAUAUAUCUCCUGGUUUUAGUUUAGGAACUUCUGAUAAUCAGAUCUCUGAUAAUAUCUCAGAAAAAGAAGUUAUACCCAUGUGCAAUACCUUGCCUCUUAAUGAUUCUACUGUGCAACAGAUAUUUUUACAGUUACAGAAUCAACAUAGUUUGUUAAUGGCUCAGCUUUUAGAUCGACAAAAGAAGGAACAAGAGGCUCUAGCAAACACGUUUUUGAACCAACAGAGACAAAUUCUUCAAGAAAUGAGACUCAUUCCUACACCACCUAUGCACGAGCAAUCUCCUAGUGCUAACUCUGAUACUGGCACAAGCAGUAUAGAGAAAAAGUCACCUUCAGCACCACAAGAAAUUCAUACUUUUGGUUCGGUAUCUGUAGGAUCCCACCUUUCUAGUCCUUUAGAAAUGCCACUACCAAGUGGGAAUUCAGAUCAAAGCAGAUACAGUAGUAAUGGUGAACAUUCAGAAACAACACAUCAUUGCCCUAGAGAAUUAGAAUUUACAAAGCCUUCACCAGUAUCUCCAAAAGCCAAACCUCGUGUAACUGAGGAGCAAAUAAAUGCAGCUACGGCUAUAAAUGCGGCUGCUAGAGGUUACCUUGUCCGUCGCCUGCUAAAAACAGAGCAUGUACAAGAAAUUAUUAACACUAUAUCUGAGUCAGUACAGUGUGCAUUGCAGUUACAACGAGAAUGCCCAGUAGACAUUACACCAUCAGAUGUAGAACUUCAUAGGCGGCUCAUUCAGCAAUUAACAGCAGCAUGCUAUUCUCUUCAUGAUACAUUCUUUGCCUUAACUAUUCAAGAGAAAAUGACCAUAAUCGCAAAUGACAGAGAAAGACGACGGAAUCCUGCAUCUAGGCCUGUAUCAGCCAGAACUUCCAUUUCAGCUGCGACUCAGAAGUACAUUCAACGCAAACAGCAACAAAAUCGGCUGUCUGAGCGACCCGCAACAAAUACACGCAGGAGUUGGUGGCGCCACAAAGCUCGAGCAUGCUCUGCUGGUGAGGCACCGAGUUGGCUUCCCCCUCAGUAUCCUGCAUGGCCAUAUGAACAAUCAUCCAGCAGUUAUGCUAAACAACCAUUCGUAACUUCCAAACAGCAACAGAGCAAUAACAGGGCAACACGUCGACCUUGGCGCUAAUUUGAAUGUAGAUUUACUUUUAAAACUUGUGAUUGUAAUAAUGUAAUGCACUUUCGAUGUUGUUACCUCUGUUUUCUGUAUUCAGUAUUGUUUACCUCUUUUAAAGAAUUGUGUGAUGACGUUUUAAGUAUCAAAUAGUUAUCAAGUCUAGUCUUGCACCAAAAACUGCUGAAUGUAGAUGGGAACAUGUACAAUUUCCAUUCUAUAAACCAUUUUAGCAAAUAUUGAACAUAAAUAAUUUUAUUGAUAAUUGAUCAGUGAAAUAUUCUAUAUAAUUCCAAGAAAAUAGUUCAAGUUUAUACAAUGAAUUGAAAUGAAACAUCUUUAUUGUUUGCUUUGAGCAUUAAUUACUAGGAUUAUUGCUAUAUCAUUAAUGUGCCUGUGCUUGUGUGUUGGAGAUAUUGUAGUAAACCUCAAACACAGCCUUAGAAUUUGCCUUACAAUUGAGAUUAUAUACCCUUUGUUAUAUUAAGAAAUGUAUAUAAUUCCCUUAAAAAAAUCCAAUCAUUAAUCAAAUAUAUAUACAUAUAAUUGUUCUCAUUGAGGUUGCAAUUAAGUACAUUGAAAUCAUAUCCUUCCUAACUAAGCUUCCAGAUACUCUGAAAAGAAUACUCACAAUGUUCAUAAAAAAAAUGCAUCAUUUCAUUACUUAUGUAACUUUUAUUUAACUGAGCACAAGUAACUUAUGUUUUUAUAUUUUUUAAUUUUAUAAUUUCUUUUGUAUUGUCAUUAUUAUACAUUCAAUUCAUUUUUUACUCUUUCAAAGUUAUGUAAGGUUAGAUCAGUGAAGUAUUAAUGUUGCUAAGGAAUUAAUAUUUUUGCUACCAUAUCGUUUAAGAAACAAAGCUACUUUAUAUUUUUGCUAAUAUUGUUAAAAUAAAAGUAGUGAAUAAAGGUUUUAAAGACU